CAUUACCUAUUAGUUUGAAAUCAGUCAUUGCUUGAUUGCUGACGUCACUGCACAUUGAUUCCCACGAAUGAACCAAGAUACAAAUACAGAAACUGCUGCAAGCCAGAAUGAACAAGACGCAGCAUCUCGCAUGAAUGAUCUGCAAAAACAGUUGCUGGAGCUCGGUAUUGAUGUAUCGUCUACGAUUGGCAAGGUUUCAAGGUCCAAUCUCAUCAAGCAGCUAAAACAGGCCAAGUCUAGGUUGAAGGCAACUCAGGAAGCAGCUGUCAAGGCAGAACGAGACGCCAGGUUUCAACCCUACAGGAUUUAUCUGGUCUGUGAUAUUGAAGCUACUUGUGAUUCUGAUUCUGGAUUUGAUUUUGCCAGCGAGGUGAUCGAGUUUCCAGUCAUUGCGAUCGAUGGAACCACAAUGGAAACGGUUUCGACAUUUCGGAGAUAUUGCAGGCCAAUCUUGCAUCCCACUCUGACCGACUUUUGUAAACAGCUUACUGGAAUUACCCAAGAACAAACGGAUGCUGCCGAUCCUUUCACUGUAGUGUUUGCAGAUUUUCUCGAGUGGAUGCUAUCCUUGUAUCCAUCGACAGACGGAGUGAGCGCAUUGACAGACGAGGUGAUUUUUGUUACCGAUGGACCAUGGGACUUGCGCGAUUUCCUUGAAAAGGAGUUCAUCUACUCCAAUAUUCAACGACCAGAUUUUAUACACGCAAGAUCAUCAAUAUCCGCAGCUUGGAGAGAGCAUUGUGGAUUUGACGAUGCAAGUAAUGUUGCUCGGAUCUUGCGUCGGAUGGUAGAAGAUGGCCAUCGGAUUGAAAAGACUUCAGAUAUUAGUAAAAAGUCGAGCAAAGGAUCGUGGAAAUUGCUGCGUAAAUGA